AUGGGGGUGUGUGGGGUGGGUUUAGUGUUGGGGGGGGGGGUGGGGGGUGGGGGGGGGGGGGGGGUGUGGGGGGGGUGGGUGGGGGAUGGGUGGAGGUGGGGGGGGGGGGGGGGUGGGGAGGGGUGGUGUUGUUGUGGGGUGGGGGUGGGAGGGGUGUGUUGGGUGGCGGGUUGGGGGGGGGGGGGGGGGUGGGGGGGGGUGGUGGGGGGUGGGGGGUUUUGGGUGGGGAGAGGGGGUGGGGGGGGGGGAGAGGGGGGUGGGGGGGUGGUUGGGUGUGAAGGGGGGUGGGGGAUUGGGGGGUAG